ACACACAUUCCUCGACACCGGACAAGGAGAUCCGCAAUGCCAGACAUAGAAAUUGCAGGAAAAGGUUCGAGCUUUAUGGUUGUCAACGAGCUGUGUAUACGGCCUCCUGUGUCUCCAGCUUGCUCGCUUCGUCUUCACCGAUGCGCUCAUCUUUGGAACCAUUGGAUUCUUCUCCUUAACCGUUUCCCGCCUUAUAUUAUGCUCCCAUGUCGCUUGCUGCAGAUGCCCCUCGCGCCGUUCUUUCCAAGAUCGGCUAUAUAGUCCACGAUCACACUGUUCUAGAUUCUCAAACUUGCUAUACAACAAGAUCGUUUUCAUUGGGAUUCUGGGUCUUUCUCUUGUGCCUGAUAAACGUUUCUGGUAAUGCCACAGUAAGGUGGGUUCAGCGAAUCCUGGAUCUUCUUUUUUUUUUCUCUUUCCUGAGAGAAUGGAGAAUCCUCCCAAGUAUAGCAGGCCCUAUCAGCUGAGGAGCGGUUAUGAGCCGUCCGAUACAGAGACGGAGUGGCACGAGAAUCCACGGCGGGAGCAGAGACAGCACAAUGACGAUUUGGAGUUUGAAGGUCCGAAAGUCGAUUUGAGCCGGCCCAGGAACGUUAGUCCCCUGAAGCUGAGCAGGAGGCAACCUUUCUUUGGUGGGUCUUCUCCUAAAAAAGAAACUGAAGCCGGUUUAGUUCGGCGGAGACACAGCAGUAAGUCGCCGUACAAGCCGAGGAGAGAUAAUGGAAAUGCUCUUUCUCCUAAAGGUGGAUCAGAUGCACGCAGAAAUGUCAGUCCUUUAUCAGAACCUGAGCACCGGAGGCAUAUUUCGCCUUAUAAGCUGGGAAUAGAAGAAAAUGCAACUGAAGAAAAUGAGAUUACAAUCUCAAACAGGAAGUUAAACCGUAGAACACAUUCAAGGGACGAUAGGGAAGGCCAUCCUCAGUUCCUUGAUCUGAGUAGAGUAAGUUUGAAAUCAAACUACAGUCAGCGAUCUGUUACUGCACCGAAACAGAGAGCAAGGGACAGGGAACAGCAUAACAACCCAAAGGGAGAGCGGACCCUGUCACCAUUGGAAAGAAACGUGAUUCAGAAACAGCGGGAAGCUUCUCCCUUGAGAAAACCUUCUGUUGGUGAGAUUAAUGAAAUGGUAGCAAAUUUAAAGCUCUAUAGAGGUCCCAUGAAUAAUGCUAGUAUUUUUGAAAGCACAGAUUCCAUAUCACCUGGCAAUAUUUUCUUUUCUCGGGACCACACAGCUUUGGCAUUUCAGAAGAAUGUCUUCCCAAGAAAUGAUGAGCAGGAUACACGUUUUGUUCCGAUACCCAAAACUGUUCCACAAAGGGACAUUUCUCAUCAGCGGAUGAGAUCAAAUGGUGGCUCUGACCAUAAUCCACAAGGGAGUGCAUCUAGUUUGAGUGCAUCAAGGACGGCCCCAAAUUUAAGUUCCAACAUAAGUAGGCAAAGCAGCAACAGAAAUAGCACUGUGAGUAGUAAGAUGAGUGACUUCAGUGCUGGAACAACGGAUAGCAUUAAGAAAUUUACAGCCAACCGUAGGAAGAGCCAAACAGAAGCAUGGUUUGCUUGUAUGAGGAAAGGGUCAUGUAGGACUUCAAAAUCACCCAAAGCUACUAGAGCCUUUGAUGAAGCCUCCUUCAUUGAGAAGGCAUUUGUGGUUGAAAACCUGAGGCAGUUUUGGGCUGAUAAGCAUCAACCUCGUUCUCUCGAUGGAUUCAGUUGCCACAAACAGGAAGCACAACUUCUUAAAAAUUUAGUGUUAAAUGAUGUUUGCCCUCAUAUUUUGUUGAAGGGUCCUUCUGGAUCUGGAAAAAGGGCAUUAACAAUGGCCCUUUUAAGUGAAAUCUACGGUGACCAGUCUUGCAAUGUAACUCAUGAGUUACGAUCCUUCCAUAUCCAGGAGAAAAGGCCAACGGAAGUAAUUAUUCCGCUGGCAUCCAGCGCUCAUCAUGUGGAGCUGAAUGUACAUAAAGAAACCAAUUCCAGAUUUGCACUAAUGGCUUUAGUCAAGGAAAUUAGUAGCAAUCAUGCAAUCAUCCCUGAAGUCAGUCAUUCAGGUUUCAAGGCAGAUUAUAAAGUAAUAGUGCUCUAUGAGAUUGACAAAGCAGCAGAAAACGUCCAACACUUGAUCAAGUGGAUAAUUGACUGCUAUUCGGAUUCUUGUAAACUUAUGCUGUGCUGUGAGGAUGAUGGAAUUAUUCUUGAAUCAGUGAAAAACCGCUGCAAAGUCAUCAAUGUUGAUGCUCCAAUCACUCAUGAGAUUAUGGAGAUUCUCAUCCAAAUAGCAAGGAAGGAAGACUUUGAAUUAUCAAUGAACUUCGCUGCCAAGAUAGCCGCCAAAUCGAAACAGAACCUCAGAAAAGCUAUUAUGGCUCUUGAAGCAUGCAAAGCACACAACUACCCUUUCGUAGAUAACCAACCAAUUCCAUUGGGAUGGGAAGAGGUACUAGUGGAACUUGCUGCUGAAAUUCUGGCUGACCCAACUCAAAAAAGAUUAUUCUUUGUACGGGGAAAGAUUCAGAAACUUCUGGUGGAUUUCGUGCACCCCAAACUGAUACUCCUGAAGCUUACGGAACAGUUUUUGAAUGCAGUAGAGGCUGGUUCUAAGAGGGACCUGUACUAUUGGCAUGCUUAUUACGAUAAAAGACUGCCAACUGGGACGACUGCUUUACUGAAAUUAGAAGAAUUCGUGGCCAAGUUCAUGAGCAUGCACAGGAAAAGUUCCGGCAGAUGUCAGCAUGUAUAAUCGCCAGGGUCCCGGUUCAACUCUUCAAGGAGCUUUCUAUUUCCUUCUCCUUUCUCCGAAAUCUUCUGCUGAAAUUAGCGGUUACAUGCUGUAGAGUGAGCUCUUGAACUUCAAUAUGGUAACAUUUAGGCACUUGUCCCUGCCUUGCACGUCAAAACUCAUGCAAAUGUUCGUGUAAGGUUUAGAUUGGAAAGAGCUAAGUUUGCACGACAGAUGAUUAUACUUGUCUGAAUCGCGUACUUCCCUGUUGUUCUA